AUGGGGAUCGCAUCAUCCAGUUCUUCUCGAAACGACCAAGUCCGGCCGGAGAAAGUGGUAGAUCCGACAGCUGAUUGGCCAGACUUUGCGAAGGAUCUUGUGAGAGAGAUGGAAAGGGAGUGCAACGCCAUCGCCGGGUCAAAGGAAGGAGACACAGAGGAGGAAGCAGACGCGCGGUUUCGUGAGUUCAUGAGACGAGGUGGUUGCAAAGAAGCAUAUAAGGCUUUCGAAGAUUGCUUGGAGGAAACUGGAAAUGUCCCCAAGAAGUGUAGGGAACGCUUUACGUUGCUCUUCAAGUGUAUGUAA